AUGGACCCUGAGGGCCAGGACCAUGACCUGGCUCGGGGCCCUUCUGUCAGCGUCACGGCUGCCGAGCACGAGAGCAGUGGUGACGAAGGGGUCGAGAAGCCCAGAACGCUACCUCCUGACUUACCAACAUCGCUAGACGACCGGCGCUCGUUUCCGAGCUAUAAUUCUGAGACCGAGAUAUACGAUGGAUGGCAGGGCCAGUCGCAAUUUCUCACCACUCCUAUGCCUACAAAACCCCUAUCAUUUAACCUAGCCCUUGAUGAUAUUAACUCCGAAGAAGACUUCUACAAUCCUCGACACCCGUCUCAGAGCCUGACGGGUGGUUCUCGACUACGUGACAGACCAAGCGAGUCAAACGAUGCCCGGCUGAUGGAAAUGUUGGCUGCUCAGGCGGCACAUCGGGAUGGAGACAAUGUCGAAGCGGACGAGGACGAUAUUGUGUCUGAUGAGAAGCUAUCCGAGCAGGAGAAGAAGGAAAUCCUCCAAAGAACCUUGAAUAUGGCGGCAAGUAACGGGGAUGUCACCCGGGUCAGAAAGCUGGUCACCGGCAAGGCUAUGAAAUAUAUCGAUAUUAAUGCGCCGGACGAGGAGGGUACUGCACCAUUGAUAUAUGCUAGCUGUUUUGGUCAUCAUGAAGUUGUAUCUGCUUUGCUUGAUGCGGGCGCAUUUGUCGACCAGCAGGACCGCAAUCAAUGGAGCGCUUUAAUGUGGGCUAUGACGAAUCGACAUAAAACUAUUGCGAAGAAUUUAUUGGAUCAUGGCGCGUCACCGGACAUCCGAUCGUCUUCUGGCGGGACAGCUUUCGACUUCGUUCAGCCUGGAACAGACAUCUCCAAAUACCUUUACGAAAAUGGCUAUAAAGUUGGGUCUACAACUGGCGGGGCCGACUUUUACGACUCAGGAUUCGCACACAAUCGAUUUGAAGAGGAAAUGGCCGAAAACGAGAUGAAGAGAAGGAUGAUGAUGGAAGAGAGUGCUAUCAACCUGGAAGUUGAUUUGUCGAGCUUGGGUCUUAAUGAGAAACACGACGACUCACCGGACGAAUACGAGGAACAGCCCGAAUUUGUCUGGGAUCGCUGCCUGAAUGACCAAAUGUUUGUAUUUCAGGAGAACGAGUUGGAGCGAAUAUUGGACAUUGUUAUAACCAAUAUGACACCACAACGGUCUCCUUCCCAAAAGCCUGUUCCCGCAAAUUUACUCUUCCUUUGCGCACGAUACGCGCACUAUUAUGCCAGCCCUGACCUCCUGCAGACACUUCUUCAUUCUGCAACUGAUCGUAUCAAUCGUGUGGUAGAAAAGCACCAGUGGGAUAUGACCAUACUGGCAUUCUGGAUAUCAAAUGCCACUUUACUACUGCAUUACUUAAAGAAGGAUGCCGGACUGGUUGAAGCUACAGUGGAGUUCCAGCUUCACCUCGCAGAGCUGAUUAAUGAAAUAUUUAUCCUUAUUAUCCGCGACGCUGAGCGCCGCAUAGAUAAAAUUUUGGACACCGCAAUGCUUGACCAUGAAACAAUACCCGGUUUUGAAGAUGUUCAGUUCCAAAACGAAUGGAAGCUUUUCAGAACCAAAUCAAAGGUAAAACCAGAGCCUAUGGAGAAACGAUAUCGACCACCCUCGCCCAAGAAACGGGCAGAAAUUGCACCCCGGAAUGUGACAUCUCUAUUAUCGUCAACACUCUUUGUGCUAGAUCUAUAUGAUGUGCACUCCAUCAUCACAACCCAAAUUAUAGCACAGCUAUUUUACUGGCUUGGAUCCGAACUUUUCAACCGUAUAAUGACUACGAAGCACUAUCUUGCGCGCACUAAGGCUAUGCAGAUCAGGAUGAAUGUAUCCGCCUUGGAGGACUGGGCACGAACAAACAACCGGCAACCUGAGCAUUACGAAAACGGAUCCGCGACCUGCACUGGAGAAAACACUGUUGAAUCCGCUCGUAGGCACCUUGAACCGCUCAUCGAACUGCUACAGUGGCUACAAUGUUUCUCAUCAUUGGGUGAAGAUAUGGACUCACUUAUAGAGACACUCGAGCAGCUUCAGCGCCUCACGCCAAACCAGCUUCUUCACGCCGUAAAGCUCUAUCGAUCCGAGGUGGGAGAAAAGGGCCUCUCCAAGAGCGCAAUGAAGCUCCUAAUCUCACUGCAAAAUGACCCAUCUCAGUUACGGCAGAUCCUCGAUCAACAUCGACAGCACUCCAAGCCCAUCGGUUCCCCAGCUACAGACCAAGGGAAGGAUGAGACAAAGCCAACCGAAGAACCACAAACCCCUCGGACACCUAGAGCAUUACAACCCCCAUCAUCACCAAGUGGAUCUAACUCGCCCGCGCCACCCCCAUCAUCACAAAUAACCAUCCCAAAGAACGCCCCACUCCUUCUUGACCCUUCACUCACAUUACCUUUCCAGCUCCCAACCAGCACCGACAUGCUAGUCAGUUACGGAGCCGGUUUUGGUGGAGUAAACCGCGAGCGUGCAAGGAAAUAUAUACCUACUGUGCCUACGGAGUUUCUCGUCAAAUUCGAUCGCGAGUGA